AUGCAAUUAGAACAAUUAUUUCUUAAAAUUGUCUUUAAAUAUUUACCAAUUAAAGAGAUUAAAUGUGUUGUAAUAAUUAAUCAUAGGUGCACACAAAUUAUAGAACAAACCCUUGAAUUAUACAAUGUCAAUGACUUUAAAUUUGUUGCAAAUCAUUUCACACAAAUUAAAAUGUUAUACAUCCCAUUUCACCAAAUAUUUAAUUUCCCAUAUGAUUUAUUUAAUGAAAAGUUACUUAUAUCAUUCACUUACCCAACAUCUUCUGGAUUUCAUUAUAAACAACCUAAAACAAAAGGAAAAAAAUUGAUAACAAGCCAUUCAUCUCAAAUUAUUCAACUCAUUAUAACAAACCAUCAGUUAGUAUUAUCACUAACACAAUUCACUAACUUAAAGAAGUUGAUAGUCUUUUCUCAACAAAUUCAAAUUAAAGACUUUUCAUUAAUUUCUUCAGCGGUUCAAACUUUUCCAUCAAUUGAGCUUGUAGUUAUUAAAGAUUCAGAGUAUAUAGAUGUUAUGAAAUUUCAUAACUUUGUUAAUACUAUCCAUUAUGAACCUACAAACAAUAUUAAAUACUUAAAUGAACUUGUAUCAUCUCUAAAAGAAAUGUGCAAAAAAUGCCGAGUCGUAAUGGAAAUUGAUACAAUUAACAAUAUUAAAGAAUUUUGUAAUAUAUAUCAAUUAUUAUUCAAUGAAAAAAACUUUGUAUGUUUUGUUCAUAAAUAUAUUGAGUUAACUCAAGAUCCAAUACCAUCAAAUAUUCUUAUAGACUUUAAUCCAUUUAAGAUUUAUGUAGAUAAAUUAUCUAAUACAAAUCUUAGUGCUUUGAAAAAUUUCAUUAAAAAUAGGUUGCUCACAUCAUUAACACUAAAAACACUUUCUCAAGCAUCAGACCCAAUUAACAAAUUUUAUACCUUUAAUCCCUUUUAUUAUCAACCAAAUGUAGGGGGAAUGUAUGGUUUUCCAUUUCUUAAUUUAAUUCCAACAGUAAACACUCCUCAACUUCACACCAAAAUACCACAUAUUAUUGAUUUGAGUGACUGUGACUCACUUUCUUCAAUAAGCAUUGAAUUCACAUUUCAAAAAUUGACAAAAAUUAAUGUACCAUCUUCUCUUACUCAUAUAUCUAUAUCAUCACUUGAUUAUGUUGUUUCAAAUAUAUUUGAACAACCUCUCAUUUAUUUGUCAAUUCUUCAUUCAUUGUUUUAUUCAACACUCAAACUUCCACUUACAUUAGAAAGGAUAGAACUAACAAAUUGUAAGUCAUUAGAACAACUUGACUUAUCUCAACACAACAAUUUAAAAUUUCUUUCUUUACAAAAUAUUCCUUUACUCAAUAAAAUUCUUAUCCCUCAACAACUUCAUUCAUUUGUCCUUUCCAAUGUUUCAUCACAACUCAAAUCUAAAUUUGAGAUUGAUGGGUUGAAAGAAUCACAAAUAAAAAAAUGUAAAUUAGAAAGAAUGUCAAAUCUUUUUAAUAUUGAAAUGCCUGAGUCUUUAUUUGAAUUAUCAAUUAUAUCAUGUAUCAAUUUAAAUAUUACAAAUUUAUUUGAUCUUUCACUUCCUCGUAAAACAAUGUUAUUAUUGAAAGAAUAUUCAAAUUAA